UAGUAUCAUAAAAAAAAAGAAUAAUAUAAUCCUUGUCGUUGAUAAUUACAACAAUAACGCAGCAAUAGAUGCAGAUCUUCUAUCUCGAUCUAAAGAUACAUUAUGUAUGAAUCUAGUAAAUGUAUGUAUGAGAAGUUACAGCAGGAGUACGCGAUGAUAGUAUACUUGUGUCCAUUUUUUUUAUGAAUUUCUAUUCACCAGUAAUUGUACCUCUACCCUUCAUAGACGCGUAUUCCAGAUGCUCUCAGUUAAUAUUGUACUUUUUACUUUUUUGCUUUCAGAUCACGAUCAAUAGUGUCAUGUAAAUGUAAACAUCAUCAUUGUUAUCAUUCUUUAUACUCAGACAAUAAAUUCCAGAAAUGUAUUUUAAACUUUUACUGAUAUGAGAAUAAGAGAAGGAUAUCUGAGUGAUCUUAUGUGUUCUAUUAUGGACAAACACAAAAAAUAAUUUUAUAUGCGCGCGCAAAGUUAUAUAAAUAUAUGUCAAGUAAAUUACAUGUCACAUGAUUUGAUUUGUAUAUAUUUGUAAACACAUUGAUAAUUGUAAAACUAUUUUAUUAAAAUAAUAAAUAUUAAUCAAAAUAAAUUUGAAUCACGAAAUUGAAAAACAAACCAAAGAGAUAUUAUUUAUUUUGAAUUUUAAUUGGACAUUUUUAAUAUCAAAGUAGAUGAAAUGGCGGCAAGUGUUGAUGAUGUUUGUGAAAAACUGGAUAAUCUUUUUCUACGUUCAUUAGAAUUGAUGGAUGAAAAAAUUGCAUUGACACUACAAUUAGAAAAUCAAAUGCGAGAUGGGCAUAUAGAAUUAGCAAAAACUCGAUAUAUACGUGGAAAAGAAAGUGUAGGAAUACUUCAAGUACCUCAGGACUCUACGAUAAAUUCAUUAUUUGAUUUAGAAACAAUAUUCAAUGAGGAGAAUGCGAAUCAAUCAAUUGCAACUCCACACUUUGACAUCUCCAUGAAAAGUAAAGAGAAUGGUAAUGAUAAUAAUGAUCCAAUUCGAUGGUUUGGUGUUUUAGUGCCUCAAAGCUUGAAGACUGCACAAAAAAGAUUUCAACAAUCAAUUUAUCUUUCUACAAAAAUAGCAAAUAUUGAUUCAGAACUAGAGAGAAUUCCAAAGGACUUUGAAGAUUCUAAAAAAUUGAAAAGUAGUUUAAUAAAUGUUGAAGAAUAAUUUGUUAUAAUGAAUAUUUAUUUUUAAAAUAUAAUAUAUAUAAAAAAUC